AUGCAGACCAAAGAGUAUCCAAUAUUCAAAGUAAAAGACUUAGCUGAAGAUCUGUAAGAAGUACGUUAGGUGUUGCAAUAAUAUAAUGACUUAGUACAAAAACAGCCAGACAAUAAUUUGUACAUUCAGCAAUUGUAAAAGAUAAGGACCUAUUACUGUUGUUGUUUUUUGAAGGUUAAGAAUUUCUGUGUCUAAUUGAUGUACAACAUGAUAAAGUAGUAAUCAUUGAAAUGUUUGAAAUAAUUGAAUCCUACAGAGUAGAUUUUACAGAGACUGGAAGAAAUCAACCUUUUGGUUGCGAUAGGAGGUGAAGAGUGGUUUUAAAAGUUAAGUCUGACUUACAAGGUGAAAUAGGAUAACAUUAGCAAUGCUGAUUUCAAAUUUAUUGAUUGUAGUUUGUAAGAUGAUUUUGAAUGGAUCAGAUGGAUGGAAGAAAGUAGUUAGAAUAUAGGCGAGACUUUUGGAAUUGAAACAAAAAAGCAAUAGAAGGAACAAAAGAUAAAGAAGAAAAAGUAAUAGAACUAGAAAGUAAUGGAAGGUAUAACUGAAGACAUGAGAUAAACCUAAAGACUUGAUCUCUAAGUGUGCUUUAAAAAGUGCUCAAAUUGGAAACAAGUAAAUGAACAAUAGAUACGCAAUUUGGAAGCUCAGGUAUUUAUGGAAUAGAGUUUCGAUAAGGACAAGUACCUGAAAGAAAUUGAAAAGAUAAAAGCAGUCAUUAAGCAAAAUAAAUAGAUAGAACUCAAUUACGAAGAAAUGAAGAAAGCAUAUAAACAAUAUCUCAAUCAGAAGAAAUCAAAUGGUUAAUAAAGCAAUAAUAAAUAAGCCUUGUAAUUGGAGAGUAUCAAAGUGAUUAAGAAACAAUAGUAACCUCAAGUUCCCCAAAUUGUAAGUGCUUAAAAGUUAAUCUCUCAACAUUCAAUUAAAAGCGAGCCAGAAUUAGAGAAGAAGGUGAAACCUGAGGCUCCUAAACAACCCACUAUUAUUGCUCAACCAAUUCAAAUAACAAAUGAGGCCCUUCUAUAUAAUCCAGAUGGAUAAAUAGAUACACCUUGUAAAAAGUUAAAAAACUAAUUGAUGAGCAUAGGAGAAAUUAAUUUGUAAAUCAAGAAAAAAGUUAAUGACACACGAGAAUCAUUUCUCAUUAAACCUUCACUAUUAACUUAUGAACAUCAUAUGGCCUAACACUUUCCAAAAACUGAGAAUAUCACAGUCACUUGUGAAACAUUCUCUCCUGUUAAAGAAGUCAUGGAGUAUUUCACAUAGAGAAAACCUGGUCAAUUUAGGAUGAUGAUUGGGUGGUUGUAUUCUAAAGAUCUCAAUGUUGCUGGGGACUUAUUUAAAUUGGCAGAUAAGUUGAAACACUCUAAACAAUGUGUUCGAACCAAAUUAGGAGAUGUUGGAUUGACCUUGAUUUACUACGAUUACUUGAAUAAACUCAAACCUACCACUAAAUGGAUUAUAAUUAAGGAAGAGUUAGAGAAUCAAUUAGUCAUGGACAAUCUAACCAAAUAUCAUAAUUUAGAGAAAUUCAAACCUCACUUAUGUUUUGUGUAUUACGUCAAGGACCUAAAGGAUUGCACAAACACCAUAUUACCUCAACCUGUUCAAUAUAUUAAUGUGUUGAAACACAUUCAAUUCAAGAGAGUUAUUGAAAAUCAUAAACUGCAAUAGAAAAAAUAAUCAGGAUAGUUGAUUCCUUCUAAGAAAAAAGAAUUAGAACCUAUUUCCGAUGAGGAAAACAACAAUGGAUUUUAGUAGAAAUAAGACGUCCAUUCGAUGCUCAUGGAAAUUCCUGGUAUCCUCAGCCUGUUAAAUUAAUGA